AUGCGGCCACUGGAAUGGUGGCGUGGGGAGCGUGUGGAGUACGCGCGCGGCGAGUACCAGGCCGUCAUCAAGUCCGUUGUGCACAUUCCUCCGGAGCCCGCCAAACCACCUCGCGCCAAGCCCCGCGGCGGAGCUCGAGCCCGUACUGGUCGCAGUGCUACUCGGUCUGUUCGUGCUCGAUCUGAAUCGGUACCUGUGGAGGAGGGCUGGGACGACAGCACGAAGGAGAACGCGCUGGUCUGCGAAUACCCCUCGGGGCGCGAGGUGUCACGCCGUGUCGCGCUGCCACGCAGUCGAGUCAAUCCCAAGACCGUCGUCGGUCCGGACUUUGAGUUCCAGUACGAGAAGAUCUUCGGCGAAGAGAAGUUCAUUGCCUCGGGCAUCGUCGAGAUCCCGGUUUUCUACGUUAUUGCUGGAGCAGUGCGAGUCGAGCUUCACCGUACCAGCUUCGUGAUGGCUGUCGGCGGUCAAUUCCUCAUCCCUCGUGGCAAUGCCUACGCGAUCGAAAAUGUCUCCCCGACGACCAAGGCCAAGCUAUUCUUCGCCCAGGCACGCAAGAUCACCGCAAGCGAAGCCGAAGAGGCUGAAGUUCAAGAACGCGCUGCCCAGCAUAUGCUGUCUCAGAGCCAGAGGAGCCUGGGCGCAGUCGAGGAGGAAGACUCAGAGGAGGAGCAGGCGAGUCAGGAGGCGAGCAGCGACGAUGACGAUCGGGUUUUGCGACUGCCGAAGCGACGCCCUGUCGCUGCAUAA